AUGGCCAGGAGCGGAGCGGCGGGGAUCCUGCCCCUGGCGCUCGCCCUGGCCGCAGUGGCCACGAUGUCCCCGGCGGGAGGCCCGCCGGGCACGCUGUGGCCUGGACAGGGCUGUGCCGCGCUGGGCCGCUGCUGCCCGGGCCGUGACCUGACCUGCGCCGCCCGCGGGCCCCCGCGCUGCUUCUGUGACCAGGCGUGCGGCGCGGUGCGGGACUGCUGCGCGGACUACGCGCGGGCCUGCCCAGCGGUCUCCUGCGUUGUGGCCGAGUGGAGUGGCUGGAGUCGCUGUGUCAAGCCCUGUCAGGUCUCCUACCGUGUCCGCCAGAGGCAGGUCCUGCAGGAGCCAAGGAAUGGGGGUGCUCUGUGUCCACCUCUGGAAGAGCAGGCUGGCUGUGUGGAGUACCGGAGCCGCCAGGGAGCAGAGUGCCUGCAGUCCUUGCUCCCUGCUCUGAUAACCAUAGGCAGCUACGGCAAAGAGAGGAAGAAGCAAGGUGUCGCCAAGGAGCUGGAGACAGUAGGGUACUGUGUCCAGUUCCGUCUGGGGCCCAUUCCAGGGAGCUGCCGGCAGGUGAGGGCACCCCAUGCCCAGUGGAUGAAGUAUUUGGCCCAGGGUCAUAUGGUCUGUGUGAGGUGUGAGUGGCCUGCCCAGGACAUCAGGAGCCGGCGCUGCUAUGGAGACGGUGGUGAGGCUUCCGGGAACCAGCUGUUGCUGUGGCAAGCGGCCGGCCACCCCCGGUGCCAAGGGACCUGGGAGAGGCUCGGGCAGCUCCGGGACUGUUCUUGCCCCGAGGUCCACAGCCUCAUCUUCAUCUAG